AUGAGCUUUAACCCGAUGGACGCGAUAGGAAAGCUACUGAAAGGCGACGAAAACGGGCCUGGACUUUUGCCGUCAGUACCACGUAACGUUUCUGCGUCAGUCAAACAAUCGUUGUUGGAAGGAUGGCUUUUGGCGGCGAAGACGACUGGUAGUUCAACGGAUUUCCGUGGCUUGUUAAUGAGUUACGUACAGCAGCUCGUCAAAGAUAGAUCACUCUCCCAAGGCUAA